AUGGCAUCUGCUUCGACUGAGCGAAGAAUCAAAAGAUUUUUGUUUAUUGGACCAACUGGUGUUGGUAAAUCGACAUUAAUUAACAUCUUAUUCAAUAAUGAUGUUAAGAAAGCAUCUUUAUCAAAGCCAGCAGGAACAUCUGAUGGUUCUGCUGGAUCGACAGCGUGUUUUACAACAUAUUAUAAUUUUCCUGAUUAUGCUUACACAGACACAAUUGGUUUUGGAGAUAAUAGAUUCGAUAAGGAACAACUUUUGUCAAUAUUAAAAGCUACUAUUAAAAAUUCUAUGGUUGGAUAUAAUAGAAUUUAUUUAUGUAUCAGUUAUGGUCGAAUUUCAAUUGAUAUUCGAUAUUAUAUUGAAUUAUUAACAGUCAUAUUUGGAAAGAAAAUAUUAAAAUGGUGCACAAUUGUUUUUACGCAUUGUCUUGAUCAAACAAUGACGAAAGAGAAAUAUAUUGAAUCGAAUAAGAAUGAUACAGACAUAAUUGAUAUUAUUAAUUCAGCGCAAAACGUCAUUUUUGGUGACAAUAUGACUGAUAAUGAAAUAGAUCAUGUUCUGAUUACGAGAAGACAACGUUUAUUAGAUAAUUUACAUCAAGAUAUUCAAAGCUCAAAUAACGAUUAUUAUUCUCCACAACCGGAAAGUUUGCUUGAAUGGAUCAAUGCAAUUUAUAAUAUGCUUACAUUCAGAUAUGCGAAGAAAUUUAAAACAGGUUUCGAGGAAAUUCAAAAGAUAUCACUCACGGUAGUAAAUUUGAUGAUGCAUCAAAAUUUUGCAAAUUACUAUGGUGAAUGUCCGAUUUGUUUAGCUGAUAUGUGGAAUACUGACAGUGUCUUCACAAAAUGUCAUCAUAUUUUCCAUGAAAAAUGUAUAAAUAAAUGGCUCAAUGAUGGAGUCAGCAACUGUCCGAAAUGUCGUGCUACUGUAGAUAGAAGAAAUUCAUUUUUAACAUCACUGUUUUUCGAUUGGGAAUGUAUUGAGAAAAAUGAAAUAAAUUAA